AAAUGCAGUCUCAUGACUUAGUCUUUGCUCCACUACCUAUUAAAGAAGGAGACAAGACGUUCAUAGGCAGCUUCCAUUCAGGCACUCAGAAGGACACAGAAAGGCAAGACAAUUUACCAGAACUAACUGUGAGUAAAUACAAAGCAUUAGAGGUGCUCUCUAGAGCAAAGGGCAUGGAGAAAGAUUUGUAGGAAAUCCUGAGGUGAGAGAAGGUGCAGUAACUUUUAAAAUAUACUUGUGUACAAUCUUCAAAUGUGGAACUCUGUAAGGAAAGCUAUUCUCUCAUUUUAAGAUUAUUCCUUUAAAUAUGAAUCUAAGUGUCUCUUUAUAUAACGUUGACCAGUGCUUGAUUUCCCAUAAAAAUCUGAUGUGGUGAUUUUGUGCUGCAAGCACUGGAGCCUUUUGCAAAUACCACCUUUUCUUUCGCUGGCAUAAAUUUCACAGAAGGAAUAUCUGGGGGGGAAAUUUGAUGCCAGCCUUUUGCAAACUUGGAUCCAAAGCCCAGCCUGGAGCCUCAAAUUAGAUUUCUGCACUUCACAAAGGGUGGCCUUCCUUCUGGGUAUGCUGGGUGUAACUCCCUUUCUGCUGGCUACAGAAAGGAGCUGUGGGUGCUCAGCAGCAUGGACAUUGCAGCAGAUGAGGUGUCCCAUCAUGUGUGCAGGUAUUAGCUGGUGGAGACUGUUCCCAGAUCGUCUUCAUGUUGCCCAUUUUAUUCUUUGCAUUUAUCCUGUCUGCUUGCUGCAUAAGCAAAGGGAACUGCAUCUCCUAUGAUGAGCUGAGAGAGCUGAAGACUGAAUUUGCCAUCAGUCUCUACCGGCAGGUGUCUGAAGCAGAGAACAGGACCAAUCUGGUAGUCUCUCCAGCAAGUGUGGCUGUUUCUUUGGAGCUGCUGCAGUUUGGAGCUCAAGGAAAUACCUUUAUGGAGCUGCAAGAUGCCCUAGGAUACAGCAUUCAUGAUCAAAGCGUGCAGGAUUUCAUGCACACAGUGGAUGAAGCAGUGACUGACUCCAGCCAAGGCACAGUGGUCCAGCUGGGAUGUUCCCUCCUUGUGGACACGGGUGUGCAGCUCUCGCCCAACUUUGCCGAGCGCGCCGCGCGCUGGGCCAAUGGCAGCCUGCUCCAAACCAACCUCACCGACCCCAACACCACCCACAUACAGGAAUGGAUCACCACUGACCUUGCAGAUGGGGAUAUGCGUGGGAUGACACUGGAGAGCGCUGGGUCAUCACUCAGCCGGGUCACCCUGGUGAGCACACUGUACUUCAGAAGCACGUGGCAAAAAAAGUUUUCCUUCAUGGAUUCCCAGAUGUUGCCUUUUACGACGCCAGAGGGCUCGACCCUGAAAGUGCCUACCAUGCACCACACAGCUGAAGUUAACUAUGGCCAGUUCGAGACUGCAGCUCUGGAGGCUUUCAGCGUGGUCGAGUUUCCCUACCUGGGGGAGAAACUCAGCAUGUUCCUAGUGCUUCCCAGCCACAAAAGAACACCUUUGUCCCAGAUUGAGUCUCACCUUUCUGCCAAAACCAUAACCCUCUGGGCCAACAGCUUGAAGAGAACAAAGAUGGACAUUUUUCUGCCUAGGUUCAGUAUUCAAAGCCUUUUUGACCUAAAGACAGUUCUUUCUGCCUUGGGAAUUAGAGAUGCAUUUGAUCCCAUCACUGCUAAUUUUAAAGGCAUUUCAGAGCAAGAUAGUCUUUAUAUUUCAGAAGUGAUUCACAAAGCAGAGAUUGAAGUAACAGAAGAUGGUACAAAGGCAUCAGGAGCUACAGCAAUGGUCUUACUGAAAAGAUCUCGAACACCUAUUUUCAAAGCAGAUCGCCCUUUCACAUUUUUCCUGAGACAAACUAAUACAGGUAUGCAUGCCCUGCCUUUCAGGAGCAGAAUCCCACACAGGUAGCACUGAAAUCAAUACAAAUAGCACACCAUUCCUCAGUCCAGGAAACUUCAAACAACCACAGAAACAGUGGGGAUUGGGGUUUUAAAGCGUAGAUUUAAAUUUCCUUAAAAAGAAUGUAUAAUAGUCAAAGAAGUCUAGGAAGCAAGAUUAGCCUCUUCUUUGGACAUGAAGUAGUAUGUGCUCAAAAAAUUUCUAUCAAAAUUAUAGGUACUACAGAGAUCUCACAGAUGCUGAACAUUCCAGCAUCAGAAACUGAUCUCUACAGAGCAAUUCAAGUAACAAACAGGCUGGACCAGCUGGAUUAACAUCUGAAGUAGUUAAAAUAGAAACCUUUCCCUAUGAAGGAAACUUAUCCAUGCCCAUACUGAUAGCAAACAGACUUCUCCCAAAAAACAUUUCUUUGCAACUGUUAACUCUUUUCUCGCAAAUGACCUCCCAUAGCCCCCACACAAAAAACACCCAAAAAAACCAAACAGAACUGCAGAGCACAUCUCAGAGUGAAGCAUCACAGUGCUCCUUUAGCUUCAGUAGCGGAUUAUAAAUCUCAUUUCAGACGUCCAAUCACAUUAAGUUACUCCAGAAUGUCUGCCAAAAGAAAACACCCUUUAGCUUGUUGGCAGUAAUAAAGAACUGCAUUAUUCACCAUUUAGCAGCUAUUUGCUACUCUGAAGCAUCAGGCCAAUAUCCAACAACUCUUAUCAUUCUUAACAAUGCAGUAAUUUUGCACCUGAAGUAUUUUCCUACAAAUCGUUCAAACCACCACGGUUUCUCUCGUAACUGGGGUCACAGCCAUUUAGAUUUUCAAGGAACAUAGACGUUUAUGGGGUUCAGUAAAACAUUAGGGCCUAGCACAAAGACAGAAAUAAUUUCCCUUAUCUGCUUCCAAGCAACACACACCGUUCUCUUAGUCAGUGAAUACCUGUGUAUGUAACAUUUUGUUUUAAAAACCCGUAUCGUGAAUUUUGACCACAGUGCAAGCACCCAAAGAGAAAAUUACUGCCUUGGUUGGAAUUUUGUUUUAAAUAUGCUUUGGCAAUCACUACCAGUCAAUGAAUAAAAGUAUUUUACUUGGCAACUGCAGAAUUUUAAAAUAAAAAGGCAUUAAUAAGCUCACCUAUAAAACAUGAGCCACAGACUCUUCAGGAUUAAGAACAAACUUACUUCAGUGAAUAAAAUGGUCAGUUUACAAUAUAUAUAUAAAAUAUAUAAAGAGGAAGGAAAUCAGAUUGUAAAACAGGAUUUUUAUGUGAAGCAUAAACUACAUACCUUCCAAUCAACUCAACAUCAAAAAUACCUUUCUGUAAUUUAAGCUUUUUAAUGCAAAAAGUGAAAACAUUCAGUUGUUUCGUUUGCUCAGACUUAGUAAUUCAAGGUUUUGAGGUAUGGAAAACUUGAACAGGUAAACAAGAUCUACUUUUCAUCCACCUAUCUAAAAGUGCUUAAAACUUUUAUGUCCAUAAAGUUUUUAAUGAAUCUGUAUGUAGACCAAAAGUAUUCAUUGCAUCAAUUUUCUAAUAAUAGCAGAAAUAUGUUUUCCUAUACUUAAAAUAGCAUACUUCUGCUCAAAAUAAUUGAAAAAUUUUAGAGUUUUUUAAUCUGAAUUUCAAGUUUGAGCACAUUGCCUUUGAUGGACAGGCAAGGUAACAGCAUUACAAAUAACCAAACAAAUCCAGUGACUCUGAGGCAGUCAAUUCAUUCUCUUCUGUAACUGAAAUAUGAACACAAAGCAAUGAACUUAGGUUCUGUUUUUCUCAGUGUGAGUUUCAGAUUUUGGCAGGUUCCUGGUUUGGGCUACCAAUGAUUUGGAAAGGUGUUUUUAAUACAGAUUAUUAGAUUAUUUUAAGAGAGGCAUGCAAUUGCAGUCAGUUUUUCCAUACAAGCAAUAAAUGAUUCUAUCAUCUGCUAAUUCCAUGCCUAACUUACAUAUUUAAAUUGUAUUGCACCUAGAAAAUGUGGCCCCAGACUGAAAUAAUGUUAAUAUUGUCUUCAUUUACAGGUUCAGUACUUUUUAUAGGAAGAGUUACAAAUCCUUCAUCAUAAGCACUAAAGGCAUAUACUGACUUCUGCUCCUCCUAUGAUGAGCUUUCCUCCAAUGAAAUUAAAGGCUAUGUUGUAUGUAUUUAUUAAAAUACAUCGUUUUAAGCAUAUCACAGUUUUUUCAUACACAGUUUUAAGCAUAUCACUUUUCCAAGAAUCUCCCCUACCUUAUUGCAUUGUAGACCCCAUUGAAACUUCAAACUGUCUAGGAAUCAUCAGCACCACAACUACAGCAAACACAGUAUCCAAAUAAACAUUUGCAAAAAAGUGGAACAGGUUUAGCCUCCUAAAUAUUUAACAAUAUUCUCUUCAACUUUAUCAUGGCUUAAGUCAGCUUGACUGUUGCUGAGUAUGUAGGUGAUUUGAAUGAAAAUAACCCACACAAAAGCUUUGUGAUGUUAUUUUUUCAAGCACAAUUUCAUUUCCCUGUCCUGAAGUCCAAAGCUUAAGAAUAAAACUGAAAUUCAGUUUGACCUUAGACAGUUAUAACCCAGCUGAUAUAGAAUGUAACAAGUAAGCAGUGAAAUGCUGUGAAAAGAAAAUCAGGUUGAAAGGCUGUUUCAAAACUGACACAAUCACAGAAUCAUUAAGGUUGGAAAAUAUUUCUCAGAUCAUAGAGUCCAACCAUUAACCCAGCACUGCCAAGUCCCCCACUAAACCAAGUCCCUAAACACCACACCUACACACUUUUUGAAGGCUUCCAGGGAUGGCGAUUCUACCACAUGUCAGGGCAGCCUGCUCCAGACAGAGCAGGUAAGAAGCAGAAAUACCCACUCAGUGACCAAAUACUGCUAAAAGAGGCAGCAGCACUACCUCUACUGCCUUUGAAGCGUACACAACAUAGAACAGACAUUCCAGAAGGACGCUGAAUGUGACUACUGGCAUAAUGAAAAAUGGGGAGUGGUUUUCAGCAUCCUGACAAAAUUGGGAUAUGGCAAGUGUUCAGCAACUCAUGGCAUAAGCAUCAGAAACCCAGGCCCAUAAAGAUUUUGGGUGGAGACAGUAAACCACUGACUCCCAAGAAAAGCAUCAGAGAGGACUGUUUUAUUCAGCUCCCACUGAAUCAAAGCCUUGCAGAUAACCCAGAGCAUCCAGCACAGCCGAAAGAUGUGGCCAGUAAAGCAACCAAUGGUAUUUUCUGUCCAGGCAGCAGCACCCUGUUCCCACACUUGUAAACCUGUAAAAUCUGACACAGAAAACCUCUGUGCAGUCUUCCUCAAAGGCUACUGGCCCCUGCUUUGCUACACUGUAUCCCUCAAUAAAACUGCAGGGUUUGUCAUGGCU